UAGAAAUUAAAUAUGGUCCUCGGAACAAUUAUUCAAGCAGCAGCUGUUGGAGAUGAAGUUGAAGCUGGGCAAGCAGCCUUCUUCGGAUUCAUGGGAAUCGCUUCUGCCCUUGUUUUUGCUAACUUGGGAGCUUCAUACGGAACUGCUAAAUCUGGAGUCGGUAUUGCCUCCAUGGGUGUCCUUAAGCCAGAGCUUAUCUUCAAAUCCAUUGUCCCAGUUAUUAUGGCUGGUAUCUUGGGUAUCUACGGACUUAUUAUCUCUCUCCUGAUCUACCAGAAGAUCAACAAGGAAACAUACACCUUCUUCGAAGGCUACAAGCAUUUGGCCUCAGGAUUAUGCUGUGGACUUUCCUCAUUGGGAGCCGGACUCGCCAUCGGAAUCGUUGGAGACGCAGGAGUCAGAGCCAACGCCCAGCAAGAAGCCGUCUUUGUCGGAAUGAUUUUGAUCCUUAUCUUCGCUGAAGCUCUGGGACUGUACGGAAUGAUUAUUGCCAUUGUAAUCUCCCAGUAAAUAACUACAACGAAAGCUUUUGAUUAUUAAUGAAGAGUUAUUGCUGAAACGGAGUUGAAUAGUGAUAAUUUA